AAUUACAAUCAUUAAAAAUCAAAAUGGCGGAACCCAUGGAGGAAUUCGAGCAAGAGCUACCUGGCGAAAAACCUGCUAAUACAUCCACGGACAAUGGGGAAUCUACAGAUCAACAGUCCAUGGAUAGUCAGACCUUAUCAGCAGUUUUGCAGUUUUUGAGAAAAAACAAUUUGAAAGGUACUGAAGAGUUACUGAGAAAGGAAGCCAACAUCCAAGAGAACCCAGAGAAUGCAUCCAAUACUGAUCAGGAUGUAUCAUCUGUCCUCUCAGCAUAUACAAGUGAAGGAGACCCGUUGCUCUAUGAAGGUCAAUAUAGAAAUCUGAUGUCCUUCAUCGGAUCAUCUCUCGAUGCUACUAAGUGUGAACUUGCCCAGAUCCUGUACCCGGUGUUUGUUCACAUGUACCUGGAGCUGGUAUAUAAUGAUCAUGAUAACCAAGCUGUAGCAUUCUUCAGUGGGUUCAGUGAUGAACAAGAGAGCUACCAUGAAGAAGAUCUGAUCAAACUCUCAGCUGUCACCAAGAAAUGUCAUAUGAGACAUAGUGAACUUAUGAUGAACUUCAGAACGAGUAAAUAUGUGAUUCGCAUGUCCAGAGAUUCCUACAGUGCACUGAAGCGAUAUCUACAAGACAAACAGAACAACACAGUACUAAACAUUCUAGAAGAACAUCUAUACAUUGAUGUAUUUGAUGGAGUACCUAGGAAUAAGCAGCAGAUUGAUUCUAAGGCUGGGAGUAUUGUUGGAGAAGCAAAGAGAGAAGCCAAUAAAGGAAAGAUCUACUAUGGUCUCCUCAAGGAGCCUGAUAUUAACAUCCAGAUUGAUGAAGAUGAUGAAGGAGGAGAAGGAGAAGAUAAACCUAAGAAAAAGAAGCCAAAGAAGGAUCCCCUUGCAUCCAAGAAGAACAAGCCUGAUCCUAAUGCUCCUCCUCAGACCAGAAUACCGCUCCCAGAAUUGAAAGAUGCGGAUAAACUAGAGCGUUUGAACGCACAGAGGGAGCUCUCCAAACGAGUCCAUCUUGGGACAGAUAACUUGCCAUCUAUCUGCUUCUAUACAUUCCUCAAUGCUGCACAAAGUCGGCUGAUCUCAGUAGAUGUAAGCAAUGACUCUGGCCUGCUUGCAGCAGGUUUCUCAGACUCUAACAUCAAGGUAUGGACAUUAACACCUCAGAAGCUAAGGAAAGUCAAACAAGCUGGAGCCUUGAAAGAGAUUGAUGCCGAGGCUGAUGAUGUUCUGGAGAGAAUCAUGGAUGACAGUACUGCCACAGACCAGAGAAUCCUACUAGGACACAGUGGACCUGUGUAUUCCACCAGCUUCAGCCCUGAUAGGAAGUUUCUCCUCUCCUCAUCUGAAGACAGUACGAUCAAGCUAUGGAGCAUGCAUACCUACUCCAGUCUGGUGGCGUACAGGGGGCAUAACUUCCCCGUCUGGGACGUGCAGUUUGGACCAUUUGGUCAUUACUUUGCAUCAGCCAGCAAGGAUAGGACAGCCAGACUGUGGGCCACUGAGUAUCAUCAACCUCUUAGGAUAUUUGCUGGACAUCUUUCAGAUGUUGAGACUGUGAGGUUUCAUCCCAACUCCAACUACAUUGCAACUGGUUCUAGUGACAAGACAAUCAGACUCUGGGACAUGAACAACGGCAAAUGUGUUAGAGUCAUGACCGGACACAAGGGACCAAUCCGUAAUAUCAUCUUCUCACCCAACGGCCACUACAUGGCAUCAACAGGAGAAGACAAGAGGGUGUUACUAUGGGAACUACGCCAUGGUAACCUCAUCAGAGAACUCAACGAUCAUACAGAACCUAUCUACUCACUUAGCUUCUGUCAGGAUGGCAACGUUCUCGCCUCGGGUGGUCUUGAUAAUUGCGUCAAGCUUUGGGAUGUUAAGAAGAUCUUUACAGAGACAGAACCAGAUGAGCUCAGUUCAACCCCUGCAGUUGUUACAUCUAGUGCUUCAAAUGUUCUGCUUGGUUCUUACCCUACCAAGACCACUGCUGUCUACAAUCUACACUUCACACGUCGGAAUCUCCUCCUAGCGUCGGGUCCGUUCACAGCAUAGCAUUGUCUCCUUCCAGCCCUCCAAGUAAUUGACGAAAUGGAAGAGAAACCAGUUCCCUUCGCCUCCAUGCAUUGGCCAGUUUACAUGAUAGGAGUGUCUCUGAACACCACUUGAGGAGCUACAUGUAGCUGAUGGGUCAUGUCUCCCAUGGAAAACAUUGAAGAGUAGUGUGAUUCUCCAGUGAGCUUUUGUGCAUGUGGCAAUCAAAAAGUAUUUGAUGACCAACUCAAAACAUUCUGCAACUGCUUCCCGAUGCCUUCAAAUGCAGCUAAUCUUAUGGACAUUGUAGUAAAAAUGGAUCUACUCUUAUUAUUUUCAAAGGAGAAUAUUACGUGUUAGUCCUGGAUGAAGUCACCCUUGUCACAGUCAACCAGCUUUGCAGCUGUUCAUCCCAUCCGGUUUGGCUGCCAAUAAUCCUAGACAAACUGGAGUUAGUAGCACCCAUUACUCUCAUCCAUAAGUACAUCUACGUUAGAAAGAAUACUUGUCUCAGUGAGAGUAACACCAGUAGAAAUGCAUUCUAUAAUGUCAAUUCUUGUCCAUACAUGUUGGUGAAUGGGCUGAGAGUCAAUUGUUAUUAAAUUUGCAGCCACAUCACUAUUUUGUAUUCAGAAAGAAUGUUUUCAAAUCAGUAUCAUAAAUGAAGCGUGUUCCAAGAAGACAAAUUUAAUCAUGUGCUUAAAAUUUACCUAGAAACCAAAGUAUUUUAUUUGCACAACAUGUAUUAAUUCCAUUCUUAACUCAAGUUCACCUGACAUGUAUGUACAAUUUUGUUAACAUCUCCAAUAGAUACACCGUUUCAUUGCUCAAGGCUGUUCCAUGCUUUAGCAUAAUUUUGGGGAGUCCUAAGGUUAAUGUUCUCUUCGAGGGUAGGUGUUCAGAUAUGAUAGUAUUAAAUCAUUUCUACAACCUUUGAUGUGACACAUUCACCAGCACACACAUGAACAAGACAGAAUCGAAAGAAAAAUAGAAACCAGAAACCAAUGCAAUUUAGAUGUAAUUUAUUGCUUUCCAUAUCAGACUGUUUCUGUUUCUGUGAAAUAUGCAGUUUAUCUUGUGAUGGUGUAAAUAUUUUAUAUAUAAUGUGUAUAUAGCCAAGAAACUUUGUAAUAAAUUGAUAAAUUC